AUGCAUCUCUCAACUAUAAGUGUGCUUCUUUCGGUUGCUCUAGCAGAAGCCGCGUCCUUCGUCACUCCUAUCCGGCAUAAGACAAACAAGGAGCCGGAUUACCCAAAAAGAUGCUACCCAGACCCCUGUAAAGGUGUGACCUACGUGAACUCUACUGCUGUUUGUGGCGACCCACGACUUGGUCCGAAGGACCCCCCUGGAUUUUUCCCUCUCUCUAAUGAGCUCGAGACAUACUCCCGCUUUGGCGAGCUCUGCCCGGUCGAAUUCCUGGAGAAAUGGACCCUGAACGCUUCCGACCCAAACGGUUACUGGGUCUAUCCAGACAGCGACGGAUUUGCCGUAACAUCCGAGAAGGUGUCUAUUCUAGGGAAUUUCACACUCCGCGUGGGCCAGAAGCUUGAUAGAUUCGGGUCUGAAUAUGGAAAGUUCCUAGCACCCCUUGGAGCCCCAUAUAUCGAACGAUCCCUGCCACCAUCCAAUCUUUUCGCGCCACCCAACAGCAGCUUCCCGUACAACUACCAUGUCUAUGAGGUGACCAAGGAGUUUGAUGUUCUAUUGGGACCCAUUGCGUCUUGGUUUGAGCAGCCCGGGUUUGGAUCGCAGCUUUUGGCUCAGUCCAGUGUGGGAGAUCUGUUGAAGGGGGGAUACUUGAAAAGACUGGAAUUGAAAGACUAUGAUGAAGCUGAUGAAUACUCCGCGAGUUAUCUACCUGCUCCCGAAAAGUCUUCCACCUAA